AUGGCGACGUUAAGCCGUACAUCGGGAAAUUUAUUUAGAAAAUUACAAUAUUUACCGGCUUUAUCGCGUAAUUUACAUUCGUCUAAGUGCAAUAGAUCGUAUCAAAAUGUGUGGAAGGCGUGUGCUUGUAUUUUUGGUGGGGGAGUAUUGUUGUAUGCCGCUAAUUUCAAUCAUGGAGGAAUUGUCUACGCGCUCAAAACUAAGCAACCGGAAGAAUUGGUGAAAUCGGUGAAGCUGACAUCUCGAGAGCGUCGUUUCAUCAAGUUCGCGAGCGUCGAGUACGGCGGACAGCUGUACAUGACGCCGCAGGACUUCCUGGAGUCCGUGGUGGAACAGGAACCUAGGCCACGUUUGAAGCGGCGGAUCCUGACCGCUAAAGAAAUAGAGCAGCUGCGCGACCAAGUGCCGUCCCUGAAGAAGGGCUCCUCGCAGAUGUUCCGCAAUAUGAGGGAUAAAGGAAUCAUUUCAUACACGGAGUACUUGUUUCUGCUGUCCAUCUUAACGAAGCCGGCGUCGGGGUUCCAGAUAGCGUUCAACAUGUUCGACACGGACGGCAACCAGCGCGUCGACAAAAAUGAGUUUCUAGUCAUCCAACGUCUCCUCGGCGGGUCGCUGAAGGACCGCGAGCUCGACGCGAACAGCGAGAGAGCCUUGCAAGGUCUAGUCCCGUCGAUUGUGCUGAAACAGAAGGUGGUUCAAGCCGAAACCAAACCCGUAUCACCUUCACUUAUGGAGAAGAUCUUCAGCUUCGCGUGGGCGGGCAAGCGCGGCGCCGCGGCCGACGCGCCCGACGACCAGGGCCUGCAACGCCGGCACGACGUCGACACGCUGCUGCAGGUGCAUUUUUUUGGCAAGAAAGGCACGAACGAACUGAAAUUCGAGGGCUUCCGCCAGUUCAUGGAGAACCUGCAGACUGAAGUGCUUGAGCUCGAAUUCCACGAGUUCUCCAAAGGCCAUGAGACGAUCUCGGAGGUGGACUUCGCUAAGAUCCUGCUGCGGUACACCUACCUGGACACGGACUCCUACGACAUGUACCUGGACCGGCUGCUGCAGCGCGAGCGCGUGCGGGGCAUCUCCUUCCAGGAGUUCAAGACCUUCUGCCAGUUCCUCAACAACCUCGAAGACUUCACCAUCGCCAUGCGCAUGUACACGCUCGCCGACCAUCCCAUCUCUAAAGACGAGUUCCAGCGCGCGGUGAAGAUCUGCACGGGACAGUCGCAGUCGGCGCACCUCGUGGCCACCGUGUUCGCCAUCUUCGACGCGGACGGCGACGGCCGCCUCAGCUACAAGGAGUUCAUCGCCAUCAUGAAGGACCGUCUGCAUCGCGGGUUCAAGUCGUACGCCAAGAACGAGGGGUGGGAUGCCUUCAAGGGAUGCGUCAAGCAGGAGAUGAAGAGCUCCGUG